UCCCAUUGACUUCUGUAUGUCCUUCGAGUUGCACUAAUCCAUCUUCACCCCUUGAUAAAAGUCUGCCUUGUGUCUUCAUUGUAUUGCUGAGCUGAGCUUUUGGAACAUUUUCGGGUUCAGUUCGACAUGUCCUCCAACAACUUCGGCGUAACAUGGAGGAAAGCCCUCGUCAGCCUUCCACGCCUUGUCCCAGAUUUUGUCUUGCGCUUUACAUCCCCAGAGGGACCGCAUCCGGUAAUCUUCGACAUUCCUUCUCGUGACUCUCAUACAAUCCCGGUCUAUGUCUUCAUCCCGCCCCACCGGAAUCCGCAUCAUCACAAGCCAGCCUCGCAAGGGACGCAUCUCAAGGAAGCAUUGCACCUCAGAUUCAAUCCCGACGAUGAGGAGACGAAACUGCCUGUUCUCAUCGACUUCCACGGCGGCGGAUUCGUCCUCGGAUCAUGCCAGGAACAGACGCCCUUUUGCGCCAAGAUGUCCCGGGAGCUCAAUGCCGUUGUCAUCUCGGUCGAUUAUCGUCUCGGCCCGGCCGCACAGUAUCCCGCUGCACACUGUGAUGCGGAGGAUACGGUCCAUGCGGUCAUCGAUUCAACUAAGCCCGCAUACUCGGUGCUGAGGAAAGAGAUACGGCAGGCUCUCGAGAAGCAAAAGCGCAAGGACAUCGUCCUCGACGAGAAGAAGAUUGCCUUUUCCGGCUUCAGCUCAGGAGGGAACCUCGCAUUGAAUAUGGUUUUGAGCAUCAAAAACGACCCCACCAUCAACACAGACUGGUUGAGCCCGGCGCCGUGGGAUUUCCCGAACGACAUUCCCGUUCUGUUGUUCUACCCGUCCCUAGAUACUCGACUAUUACCCCACGAGAGGCCCAAGCCUCGUGGAUACGACGCACCGAAGACUUUCGUUGAGAGGUGGAGGAUCGAGGCCGAAUUGAUGCCGACAUACCUUCCAGCGCCAAAGAGUGGCCACCCCAGAGCAAGUCCGGGCCUGGCAGAUCUCAGAGCGAAGAAGGACGGAGAAGUUGCAGGCCUGCACCCCAAGGCGAAGAUCAUGCUCAUCUUGCCGCAAUUCGAUACUCUGCAUCAUCAGAGUAUUGUCUGGGUGCAGAAGGUGCACGAGCAGGGCCGUGGUGCAGAUUUGAGCGUCGUGGAAGUCAACGGCGUCGUCCACGGUUGGACACAGUUUCCCGAUUCAUGGCUCGAUGAUGAUAGCAGAGGAUCGAAAUGGGAGAUUUUCGACAAAGCCAAGAUGUUCCUGGAAACCUACUGGAACCCUGAACGGAAAGACAUGGAUAUUGAACUCGUCAACAGUAAUGAAGGCGGCGAGGUACAAAUGGCAGGGGUAUCCUGAACACCGUAUUGAUAUGAGCAAUACAAACGUGUCCUGGCGGGGUCUGUGACGGUGCGCACAGCCGCAAAGCGGCACCACUGUCAACAUCAAUAUGGGGAGUCAUCAGUCCCGCGCAGGAGUUGGGUACAACAAUAUCAAUCACCUCGCGACCUGCCAGCCUUUCCGGUUCUGGCGGGCGUUGCCUCGAAACCAGCAUGCUGGAGUCAGCUCGUCAAGGGAAUCAACUCAUGCAUACCGCGCUGCGUGGCACAGAAUGGAAACAACGACGACAGCGCAACCCGGCAAACCUUCGAUGCGACAACGAAAAAAAAAAAACCUGCACUUCGCCCAUACGGAGCCAAGGUUCAACAACGGACGACAUGCGGAUCUAGCCGACCAGACAGACCGCACAGGGGAACAGCCAUUGCCAACGUUGGAGCGGGUGAUACAGUAUCCCAUACGACUCGAUCCCGUGCCGUUGCUUCAGUCGUGCAUAAGUUGUCCAAGUGAUGUCCCUAGCCAUCCUUCAGGGCUUGCUUUGUCGCGCCACUCAGCCAGCUUGAAUUGCAGGGCCUGACAAAUUCAACAUCGGCAACUUCUCCGGGGAUUCUAAAAUGAGAUACCACGCGCCAUCGCCAUCGCCAUCGCCAUCGAGCAGUCACCGGUAUCCACCAGCUGUACGGAGAGUCUACCUCCCGCUUGGCUUGCCAGAAACUCCUAAAGCGCUUGCAGGAUAGGAGACAGUGACAUGAAGCUUGUGCCUGCAGUCUCAAGUUACCGUACCAGCGGAUGACGAAGAUAUGAAGACUUCAGCAUCCCCUCGACCAGGAUCCUCUGGUAACAUAUGGUAUAUAUGAUGAGUGCUAUCCUUAGGCUCCGACGACCCGUGAUAUGGUGUCCUCACGAGUUCUAGACCGAUGCAUGUAAAGGAAUCAGCGACCAUCGACCGUGAAUACCGACUUGGAUGGCCCAACGGCAGAGAUUCAAUCCGAAUUGCUGGAAUUGAUAGACGUGACGAGCACCGAAGGGUUCGUUGGUAUCUCGCAACGAUUCCAACAUAUUGGAUACAUACCUGUACGGAGUACAUACACUGAUCUAGACAAGCCUGAUCAUUAUUC